UUAGGAGGUUAGCUUAUCUUUACUAGCAAUUCUCAAUAACUAACAUUGAGAAUAAUUAAAAUCUAGUGAUCUUUUAGUUUGAAUUAAUUUGAAUCAAUUAUUAUUUGUUUAUUAAGUUGUUCAUCCGUCUACUAAAUGAAAAGAGAAUAUUUUAAUCACCAGUUAAAUCUAAUCAUUUGUUUAUGUCUUUAGUUAAAGUUCAAACAAUAUUAUCAUAUCAUAUGUUUUUUCCUUUGUCGGUGUCAGAAUUUAUCAUUUUUUAUUCUGAAUAAUUUACUUCAAUUACUUUACUACCAGUUUAUCAAGACUCGUCUAUAACAAUGGCAUUAAGGAAUCUUGUGGACAAGGAUUGUGGAGGCAAUAAUCCUUUGGUCAAUUUAACCCAGCAUUUCAAUUCAGACAAGAUAAAUCAUGGAUGGAACAAUGAAAACUUGACAGAACAUGGUCAAAAUGGUCUUAUUCCUGAACAAUUAGAAAGGUCGGAAAGAUUCAAUAUGGAAUCUUUAUUACAAACUUUAGGACCUGUUCAUAAUAAAAAUAAUCUAGAGUCAAUUAACAGACCAGAAUUAUCUCUCAAUAAUCAUCAAGUAGCUCCUAACAGUCAUAGUUGGCUGGAUGACUUUUUAUCAGCAUCUUCAUCAUCAACCUCCAACAUGGUCUCAUCCUCUUCAGCUCCUAUCUUGAAACAAUCAUUUUCUCAAUUCAAGAGUGAUAAAUCAUCUAAAUCAAUUAGACCAAUGCAAGUAAACUCAUUUCAAAGACCUUCUCUUGAACAAUGGGGACCAUUUAGAGGUGGACCUGGAUUUAAUGGCGGCUUCAUGAGACCACGAUUUAUGUCUAUGCUCCGACCUUCCACCAGUCUAUUCAAUCAACCACAAUUAGGAUCUAAACCAGCCAAGGAUUACUUAGAAGAUUUCCAUAAAAAUUUAGAAGAAGAAAAGGCAAAAGCUAGGAAUGCCGAGACUGCACGAAAAAGUUAUGAUACUUCAACUUUGCCUGAAGAGGCGAGGAAAUUUGUGGAGUCCAUGAGAGAUGACCCAGAAAUCCAGAACACUGACUUUCUCAAUUUUAUCCAAAAAAUCGGCAGUGGCGAGUAUCAAGUAACUGAUGAAGGAAUAAUUUCUAAUGAUACCGAUAAUUUAUCUCAAGCUUGGGCCCAAGAGUAUGCAACUGCUCAAGAAGUCUGGGAAGAUAAUGCUGUUCGCGAUGACCAAGAAUUUUGGGACUCAUUAGCUACUGAUUGGGCCACUGAAUUUAAUCAGAAUUCAAUCCCUGACAUAACCGAAUUGCCAACUGAAUUUAUGCCCGAUAAUGAAGUAACCGCAUCCACAACAGAGUAUAAAUUCAACUCUAACAAUCCAUAUCAAGAUUCUGUUGAUCCUUUCGCAGAAGGAUUGAAAAAACUGGAAGAAGGUGAUAUACCAUCAGCUGUGCUUCAUUUUGAAGCAGCCUGUCAAAAAGAUCCAUCACAAGCGCUGUAUUGGCAAUAUUUGGGGACAAGUCAAGCUGAAAAUGAGCACGAUUCGUCGGCAAUAUUGGCUUUAAAGAAAUGUUUACAACUUCAACCGGAUAAUUUAUCUGCUCUAAUGGCUUUAGCUGUGAGUCACACAAAUCAAUCUGAUGCUCGUGAAGCUUGUGAGAAUUUGUUCCUCUGGAUUAUCAGGAAUCCACAUUAUUCAUCUUUAGUGCCAGAAGAAUAUAAAACAACCACUUUAGAAGUAGUUACAUCAGAAAAGUUACGCCGAGUUCGCGAUAUGUAUCUACAAGCAGCACGUUUAUCACCUCAACCAUUAGAUGCUGAUAUUCAAUGUGGUCUUGGAGUUUUACUCAAUUUAACCGGUGAAUACUCAAAAGCUGCCGAUUGUUUUAGAGCAGCUUUAUCAGCUCGUCCUGAAGAUCCAACGCUAUGGAAUCGAUUAGGUGCUACUCUUGCUAAUGGUGAUAGAUCGGAAGAAGCUGUGGCUGCAUACGAAAAGGCAUUAUCCAUUUCUCCAGGCUUUAUCCGAUCAAGAUUUAAUUUAGGAAUUGCAUGUAUCAAUUUAGGUGCUCACCGUCAAGCAGCUGAACACUUUUUAUCCGUCCUUAAUCUUCAACAUGCUGGUCAUGGAGCUGAUGGUCAGUCUUCCCAUAAAAUAAUGUCCGCUAAUGUCUGGUCAGCUCUUCGAUUGGUUCUUUCAUUGAUGAGUCGCCAAGACUUGUAUAAAUAUAUAGAAUCAAGAGAUUUGGAAUCUCUUAAUCGUGAAUUUAAUAUAACUCAAUCAGAAUUUUUGCAAAAUUCUUGAAAAAAAAGAGGCAUAAAUCAAUUUAUUAUGCAAAUCUAAGAGACUGUUAUUUUAAAAAUUUUAACAUUUGUUCCUGAAAGGUGAUUUUCAAUAUCAACAAAUCAAUGUGACUGUUUUGUACCAUAUAACAAUGGAUUUUUAAUAGAUUUCAUCCAAAAAACCAAUUAAAUUGUUAUUUUUUAA